AUGGCACUCCAGAAGUUUCCGUCUAUCCCCCUUCCGGUCAUCACCCCAGCUGAAGUCCUCGCCCUUGCUUCUGAGUUGCCGGUACCAGGAGCCCAGGCCAUAGGAACGGUGACCAUGGAGGCCCUCCCCAAGGCCCUGGAGGUCGAAGAGAAGUCUCCCGAGUCCAAGGACCUUUUGCCCAGCCAGACGGCCAGCUCCCUGUGCAUCAGCUCCAGAAGCGAGUCCGUCUGGACCGCCACCCCCCGGAGUAACUGGGAAAUCUACCGCAAACCCAUCAUUAUCAUGUCCGUGGGUGGUGCCAUCCUCCUCUUCGGUGUGGUCAUCACCUGCUUGGCCUAUACCCUGAACCUGGGCGAUAUGAGCCUCAAGGUCCUGAAGAUGGUGGGGCCUGCCUUCCUGUCUCUGGGACUCAUGAUGCUGGUAUGUGGGCUGGUCUGGGUGCCCAUUAUUAAGAAGAAACAGAAGCAGAGACAGAAGUCAGUGUUCUUCCAGAACCUCAAGUCCUUCUUCCUGAACCGUUGA